AUGGCUUUAAAACCUACAACCUGUAAAGAAGCUAUAGCACGUUGGGAAAAAAGUAAAGAAGAAAGCGCUGCUGAGGCCAAGGUCAUAGAACUACAGUUUCAGUGGCCACCGAUUGAAAAGAUGGACGGUGCUCUUUCCACGCUCGUCAGCUGCGAGAAACUAAGCUUGUCUUCGAACAUGAUCGACAAAAUAGCUGGAAUUGCGGGAAUGAGAAGUUUGAAGAUACUGUCCCUUGGUCGAAAUUAUAUUAAAACUUUAGCUGGUAUUGAAACAGUUGCCGAUACAUUGGAAGAGUUAUGGAUUAGUUACAACCCUAUCGAUAAGUUAAAAGGCGUCGGAGCGCUUAAAAAUCUUCGUGUACUCUACAUGGCCAAUAAUAUGGUAAAAGAAUGGGUGGAAUUUAACAGACUACAGGAAUGUUCAGCUCUAAGGGAUCUAGUUUUCACCGGAAACCCGCUUUGCGAAAAUCAACCUGACAUGGAUACUUGGCGCACGCAAGCGGCCAACCGACUGCAGCAAAUAUCGAAACUGGACGGAAUCCCAAUACUCAGAGAAUCAGAAUAG